AUGCCUCCCCCACUAUCCUAUCCUGCACUGAAACUUGUAUUGGAGUAUUUGGAUGUGAAGAAACGGUAUCACAUCACAUCUCGUAGUAGUGCUCUUCAAAAAAUAGAUAAGAAAAUCCCUCUUCGCGUCGGAACCCUCAUUAUAUGGAAAGAUUCCUCGGUUUCCCUUGACGAUUUAGAAUACAGCGCGGAGUAUACAAAACGGAAAAUUAAUAGAGAAGAACUCUUGAAGAUUCAUGUAGUAAAUGAAAAAUUGAAGAAAUAUUUGGAAGAGAGACCUAAUAUCCACGUGGAUCACGUUGGUAUCUACUCUGUGAAGUUUUAUGAAGAAGUUCCCCUGAAACUCAACUUGAUCGCCAAUAAAUUGCAUACAUUCUGUUGUUCCGAUUUUAGGAAUUUUCUUCCAAUGAUCGAUUCCCGCAGCUUCCCACUGAAGAAGCUGAAACUGACUGAAGAGGAAUCAAUUGAUGUUGAUCAUCCAGUUGUUCAUACUGCACAAGAUGUGAUUCUUCAGUUUAGCCAAAAGAACAGACUGAUUAGAGGCAUUGAAAAACUUCAGAGAAAGAAACUAACUAUUCAGAAUAUUAUGAAUGGAAACGUUGAUGCAGUGAGAAUAAUUAAAGACUGGGUGAAGAACGGAAGGGAAAUUGGAACGGAGUAUUUGCUCUGUUUCUUUUCUAAUGCUUGGAUCCAACGAAUGCUGAGAGAUUUGAAAAACGAGUUCCAUGAGUUCCAAAACAAUUUGAAGGGGGUCAAUGUGCGAUUUCUCAAGAGAGCCCCGCGGUUUUCGAUUCCAAUGAACCCAAUAUCCAAGAUUAUCAUCUAUGGAACUGAGAUACAGUCAAAGGACGACACCGUCUAUCAACUUGUGUUGAAGGUGGUCUCUACUGAUGAGUGA